AUGUCUUUUGCCUCUCGCACAGCUCUCGUCCUGAUGGACCCCUACAACGACUUCCUCCACCCGGAGGGAAUUCUGACGCCACGCCUAACAGAUCUUGAGGAAAAGCAGACCGUGGAAAACAUCCGGGCUGCUGUUUCAGCAGCAAGAUCUCAAGACAUUCCCAUUUACUACGGCCUGCACCAACAGUACACCGAGAACAGCUUCAAUGGAUGGAAGCAUAUGACUCCAAACAACGUCAAGCAAAACGGCCUGAAGUUCUUCCAGGAGGGCUCUUGGGGCGCUCAGAUUCUCGACGGCUUAGAACCGGACUUGGCCAAAGGUGAUGUUGUGGCCAGCAAACAUUGGAACAGCGAGUGA